AUGAACUCCACGACGACAAUGACGAUGACGUCGGCGACGACUACCGCGACUUCGGCGAUGGUAAGCUUCGGGGUGACCGGUUUGGCCGGGAUUCUAGAUCCCACGGACGAAGCCACGGCCAUGGCCGACGGGAGCCUCAACGUGUCCCCGGUCACCCUGUCCUCGGAUUGGUCGAGGGUCGCCAGGCUGCUGAUGCUCGCCUCCCUCGCGGUCGUCGGCAGCGUCGGCAACGUCUUCAUGAUAUCCGCCAUCAUGGUGGAGGACCACCUCAAGAAACGGGGCAACGCCUACUUGGUGAACGUAGCACUGGCCGAUCUCCUGAUCUCGGGUAUGGUGAUUCCAGCCUCGGCCAUUCUAAUUCUAGCGGGUAUGCACGACGAGUACCCGCGCGGGAUAUGCGUCUUCGAGUGGACUCUCGAGGCGCUCUGUUUCCUCGUCACCGUCAUCACCUUCGUCGCCAUAUCCGUGGAAAACUACAUGCGGCUCUGCUGGCCCGUCGAGAGAUACAUAAAAUUGACGACGAAGCGGGUGACGGCCUCUGUGCUGAGCGUGUGGCUGAUAGCGACAUUGUCGGUGGGCCUGCAAACGUACUUGGAUCUCGGGCCGAACUUGUGCAACAUAGACCGGCUCAAGCCGUUUCGCAUGACCAUCAACACGAGCGGCAUCAUAAGCGCCUGCGUCAUUGUCGGCGUCCCCAUGUUCCUCACCGUUCUCGUCUACGCCCGGCUCGUACUGCGCGUACGCGGGGCCAUGCGCGGCUCCUACAAGCCGCCCGUCACCUUCAACUGGGACUACGAGCUCACCAAGGCCAACAUGUACAGCUUCUUCUUCUUCAGCAUAUUCUGGCUACCCUUGGGCGUCACCUUUUGCAUCAGCGUGGUGAAGCCGGUCAGUCCAAAGAUCGUCAUCUACCUGGCGUGGUUCGCCCUGUCCAAGUCCUGUUUCAACAAUUUGCUGUACUGCGUGGCAGAUCGGCACUUUCGCAGCGCCUACGUCAAGCUGUUCGACUAUUGCUGCUGCAAGACGACGGUGAGCUUUUCCCGGGGCCGGCAGCGCGGCGGUGACGGCAGGUCGUCCGGCGACGUGCGCCUACGCGUCCACAUAAUACACUCGUACGCGAGCCCGGCCUCGUGCCGGCCCGCCGUCGCGCGGCCCAACGGUCGGGACGUCUACGAGCUCUAGGGUUACCAGUACGGCCACCUCAGGCACCGCGAGUGAACCACACCUAUUGAUCAUUUCUACCGUUAUUAUCACUUACCACCUCUUUUACAUUUACAUUUACAUUUAUAUAAGUACAUGUAUAUAUAUAUAUGUACGUCUAAUCAUGCCGACUGGUCCGUCAAUUGUUUCUCCGGUUGAUUGAUUCCCUGAUCAUCUCCGUGCGGAUAUGACUGCGUGUUUUAUGAUCAGUAUACUUUGUUCAUUUGGAUUUUAUAUUAUUAUUAACGUGCUUGUACCCUUCUUACAUACGCAAUCGUGUGUCGUCCAUUGACUUCUAAAUUUACACGUAUAUGUAUAUGUGCUCUGAGAGAUUCCUAUGAUGCGUAUAUAUGUUAUUAUAUACAGACUUACGGGGGGUGGGGGGCGCUGCAGCCCCUAAUGAGUAGCUAUAGUCUUUUGAA